AUGGAAUUAGUGUCUAAUCCUGAUGAAUUGAUAUCUACUCAGGGUUAUUUUCUACCGCAUCAUUGCGUCAUCAAGGAAACCAGUUCCAGUACAAAAUUGAGACCGGCUUUCAAUGCCUCACAGGGAACUGAUUUGGGUAUUUCUCUAAAUGAGGUACUCCAUUCAGGGCCCAAACUCCAAACGGAACUUCUAGACGUCAUACUUCGUUGGAGAUGCUACCCGAUCGUCUUUACAGCGGGCAUUGAGAAGAUGUUUAGACGUAUUUGGAUUUAUCCUGAAGAAUGCACCUACCAAAAGAUACUUUGGAAGUCACACCCUGACGAAGAGCUCAAUACAUACUGUCUAAAGACUGUAACUUUCGGUUUUGCUUCUGCACCUUACUUGGGGAUCCGUACCUUACAUCAGCUUACAGAUGAUGAAGGGAACAACUUUCCUUUAGCUACAGACAUUCUGAGGAACGAAAUUAAUGUCAACGAUUUUCUUUCCGGAGCCUACGAAUUCGAUACAACCAUAGAGAAACGUCGCCAAGUAAGUUUGCUUCUCAAGGCGGGUGGUUUCAUUUUGAGGAAAUGGUUGUCGAACUGCGAGGAUGUUCUGCAAGGAGUUUUAGAAGAUUACAAAGAAAAGGCAUCGUCUUAUGAAUUUACUCAAGAGACAAUCCACAGGGCUCUCGGAAUUCUAUGA